AUGAGCUCGUCGCACAAGCCCUUCCCUCAGGGCCCAGCCGCCAACGAGGAUGAUGACGGCGACGACGACGAGUGGCAGUCUAUGCCCGUUGAAGAGUCCAAACCAUCCUCCUCAGCAUCUAUACCCCUCAGCGCCUACUCCAACCCUUACGACCUUCCCUACGGUGACGAGCAAGAGGAUGACUCAGAUCCGGACGACCCGCGCAGAUUCUGCUCACUGCCUUCUCGCUCAUCUGCCCGCAAUCAGUCCAAGCGUACUGGCAGCGCCAUACUCUACAAAAACAAUCAGGCCAAAUCUCAAUACCUUACUGACAGAAGCUCUUCCUCGUCCAAAGCAGCCAAUUCCCGCUCCCACAACACCGCCACCAACGCAACCGGCAAGCUUCUCGAUAUUGACGACGCAAGAGGCUACGACUGGCGUUCAAAAGCAAACCAAGACGAUGAUAGCGACGAGGAGAAGGGAUACACUCAGCUCAGACUCGAUGAGGAUCAAGAGGCCGAAGAGCUUCAUGCUGCCACUGAGUAUCUCUUUCAGGACGGCAACCGCCACGACCCAUAUGGCGACAAUACUGCUGCUACGCCCCUCAAUCAGAUGAAAACGACCAAGCAGCUCCUCUCCGAAGGCCAGAAGAUUGCCUAUGUAGGUCUCUGCAGCUUGAUAGCAACCGAGAUGGUCCGUCAGAUGCGCAGAGUACCCGGCAAGAACCUCGAAGAAGCAAAGCAAAGCAUCGAGAGCUGGAAGCUCAAGGUCAUCGCUCGUCUCUACCAGCACAUGGACAUCGAAAGCUCGGAGCAAAAUAUGAUUGAAUCUUUGGCUGAACACGGCGUCCUCGCAACCGACCUCGCCCCAUCUCUCAUAACCACUCAGACCAUCGACAACCCCGACUUUGACCCUGAAGCGCUCAGGGAAAAGCAACAAGAGGAACAGGAGAAGCAACAACAACAGAGAGAACAAGAGGCUCAAGCCAAGGCGAACCGAUCAGUUUCCUCCAAAUCCACGAAUCCCGACGAUUCCGACACGCCAGACACUGCAUAUUCAAUAUCAAAAGUAUCGGCUGCUCCCUCAGCUCGCAACCAAGACCAGGAGAAGGAAGCAGAUCAAGAUGACCAAGAAGAUUACCAAGACCAAGAUGCCGAUGGUGACUUAGGCGCCACGGUCCGCAAGCCUCCGAAGCCCUCCUCGCAACCCCGGACAGAUCCCGAAAAGCGACUAAAGCCAGCAGUAUCGAGUAGCAGAGUUUCUUUCAUGGACGACGAAGGGUUCGACAUUGGGAUGCAGCUGGAAGAGUCAGACGAUGCCAAGAAGCCGGCGCAAACUGACGAGCAAGGCGACAUAGGUUCCGGUCUGGCCCGUGCCAGCCGCGGAGGAUGCACUGCUGCGUCCAAACCCUCACGGCCAUCUUCGAUAACAUCCACGGCCACCGUGAUUGCUGAUCCCAACACCGCCGCUCAGCUUGAGAAUGCUGUCGAUGCUGUUGACGGCUGUGCGGUGCUUCCAGACGCGGAAAUAGGUCCAGGCUCGGUUACGACGACUCUAGGCCUCACAAAGGAGCCUCAGACCAUGGAGCCACCACCGGGCGCACUUGAUGGUGUCACGACCAGUAUCAGCAGCGCCGAUGCUACCAUCACGCUUGAUCUGCGAUGGACCGUCCUCUGCGAUCUCUUCCUCGUCCUCACCGCUGAUAGUGUCUAUGAUGCCCGUUCGCGUGUUCUUCUCGAGCGCGUUGCAUCCUAUCUCGAGCUCACCUGGAUGGAUGUCACUCAGUUCGAGAAGCGUAUCACCGAUGCGCUCGAAAUCGAAGAAGGCGUCGAGACCCUUAGCGACGAGUCGGCCGUCAAGCGACGCAUGCUCAUGGCUCGCAAGAAGCGCAUGGUCAUGAUGGGUUUGGCUACUGUCGGCGGUGGCCUGGUCAUUGGUCUUUCGGCUGGUCUCCUGGCACCCGUGAUUGGUGCCGGAAUGGGCGCUGCACUAGGAGCCGUCGGUAUCAGCGGCACGAGCGGCUUCUUGGGCGGUGUGGGAGGAGCCGCUCUUAUAACCUCGACGGGAACUGUUGGUGGGAUGAGUCUUGCUGGACGUGGUAUGAGUCGUCGAACUCGUAGCGUCAAGACAUUCGAGUUCAAGCCGAUCCACAACAACAAGCGUGUCAACGCCAUCGUUACCGUGUCCGGCUUCAUGAGCGGCGCACAGGAUGAUGUGCGACUGCCAUUCAGUAUCAUCGACAGCGUCAUGGGCGAUGCCUUCAGUGUCCUUUGGGAGCCUGACAUGAUGCAGGAGAUGGGUAAUGCGCUGGGCCUUCUCUGGAACGAGACUAUUGUCCAGGGUGUCCAGCAGGCUUUAGCUUUGACCGUCGCCGGUGCCGGUGCUAUGCUUAGCGCGUUAGCCUGGCCACUCUGGCUCACAAAGCUCGGCUAUCUGAUCGACAACCCUUGGUCGAAUGCUUUGGAUCGAGCUCAAGCGGCUGGUCUGAUUCUUGCGGAUACCCUGUCGAAGCGACAGCUCGGUGUUCGUCCGAUAACACUUGUAGGUUUCAGUCUCGGUGCCAGGGUCAUCUUCUACGCCUUGGUCGAGCUGAGCCGCAUCAAGGCCUAUGGUAUCGUCCAGAAUGUCUACAUCAUGGGAACACCGGUGACCGCCAAAGACGAAACGUGGAAGGAGGCGAGAAGUGUCGUCUCGGGACGAUUCGUCAGUGCUUUUUCGCGAACGGACUGGAUUCUGGGCUACCUGCAUCGAGCUGCCUCUGGUGGUCUGCGCAGUAUUGCAGGUCUUCAUCCUGUUGAGAGGGUGCAAGAUAUUGAGAAUGUUGAUGUCACACACGUUGUGCCGGGACACCUUGGCUAUCGACCUCUGAUGCCGCUUGUCCUUGGCGAGCUUGGCUUCCGCACGACAGCAGACUACUUUGACGAACCCGAGGAUCUUAAUAGCAUCCCUGAAAGGCAAGUGGUUCACGCCGAAAAGGCAGAUGAUCUGGAACUCAAGACGAUCGCGACCAAGACAGGAGGAUUCGGCAAGAUCUUCCGACGCAAAGGCACGAGCAGUCAGAGCGCGACAGGAGUCGGCUCCAAUUCGGCUGCUGGAUCAUCGUCAGCCGUAGCGGCAGCAACAGGCCGUGCUGAAUACGAUGAGUACGAGGACGAUGAGCUGCCACCUAGGGUCGAACACAGUGCUGCACCUGCAGCAGAGGUCGUCGAAGCUAAGCAGAACCAAGAUGAGAUCGUGCAACAGGCUGCGUCUCGUGUUGAGGCGGUGCGAGCGUCGCAUGAGGGUUCUGGUCGUGCUGCAACACCAGAGGUGGAUCGUCCGAGCUGGAUGAGUGCGCAUUUUGACACCGAGGCGAUUCUACGGGAACUGCGAGAGUCUGGGAUUGAAGUGAAGGAGCUAGAGAGUUCGCUACCUCCCUUGCCGCUUGCUGCCAACACGAAAGGAUCCGCAAGUACUGCCACUUUGAAUCAUAACCAGGAUGAGAUUGCAAAGGCUUCUACACCAGCACUGCCAACUGAGGAGGACAAGAAAGAGGACUACGCGCACACGCCGUCCACAUUCGCAGCGCAAGAUGAUUUAGGCACACCGGUGUUGCAGAACGGUGGCGUUUCUCUCACAUUUGCGUCGUAUGACGAGGAUGACAUCCAGCCUGCUGCCAGCACCGUGGCGACGGCGCCAACGCUCAACGGAGGACAGCAGAACGAACCUGAGCUGGCAGAGUGCAGUUUGCCAUCAACAGCAGCCAAGAACCUAGCGGAGGGAUUCAAGACAGGCACCAGGGCGACUGUAGCUCUGGGAAGCGGCGCGUCUGCACUGCGGGACGAAGGUUGGAGACCUGCCGAGGAAGGAUGGGGCAUAGCUCGACCAGACUCGUCGUACGAUGUUUCGAUGGGGACCAAGAGGGUGAUGCAUUCACUGCCUCCAAGUCUGGCAGUAGGAAGACGCUUGGACUUUUCGAGUGCGCUUGGCACGGCGCCAGGUACUUCUCUUUCGGACCGCAACCUGUCUGAUCUCACUGCCGGUGCCAAGCCGUCGCCAUCAGACGAGCGAAGCCAGCGACGAGCUGGAGACAGCGGUCUGGGUGGUGAAGCAGAUCCGUGGGCUGAGAACCCAUGGUGA